UGAAGAUGGAUCGGGUACUAUCAUUCCCAUCGGCCUUGGAACAAACACCACCAUGAUGCGCCGUACCGUGUCCUCCAAGCUCAUCUCCACCACAACAUGGAUACGCAACCAGCCCGUACGGCAUUUCAGCCAGACUGCCGUCGCCAUGAACGCUGAGCCACCAAGUUUCCCUUUCCAGCGUGCCUCGGGCAUGGAGCCGCCGGCUGAGUUUGCGAAGCUCCGGGCUACGGACCCUGUUUCCAAGGUGAAACUGUUCGACGGCAGCCACGCUUGGCUGGUGACCAAGUACAAGGACGUCUGCUUUGUUGCUACCGAUAAGAGACUCUCCAAGGUCCGCACGCGCCCAGGCUUCCCCGAACUGAGCCCCGGUGGAAAGCAGGCCGCCAAGGCCAAGCCGACAUUUGUCGACAUGGACGCUCCCGAUCACAUGCAUCAAAGGGGCAUGGUCGAGCCGCUAUUCACCCCUGAAGCCGUCAAGAAGCUCCAGCCGUACAUCCAGAGGACUGUUGAUGACCUCUUGGGCGCGAUGAAGAGCAAGGGUUGCGCCAAUGGCCCCGUUGACCUCGUGAAAGAAUUCGCACUUCCAGUGCCGUCAUAUAUCAUCUAUACCAUCCUGGGCGUUCCUUUCCAUGACCUGCAGUAUCUCACUACCCAGAACGCUAUUCGAACCAAUGGCAGUUCCACGGCCCGAGAGGCAUCGUCUGCGAACAAGGAGCUGCUCAACUACCUCGCCGGCUUGGUUGACGAGCGUCUUGAGGAGCCCCAGGAUGACCUCAUCAGCAAGCUGUGCACCGAACAAGUGAAGCCUGGUAUCGUUGACAAGUCUGAUGCUGUGCAAAUCGCGUUCCUCCUCCUCGUCGCCGGCAACGCCACCAUGGUCAACAUGAUUGCUCUCGGCAUUGUGACUCUAUCCCAGCACCCCAAGCAGCUGGCCCAAUUGAAGGCCGACCCCUCACUUGCGCCUGUGUUCGUCGAGGAGCUGUGCCGAUACCACACUGCAUCAGCGCUGGCGAUGAAGCGAACAGCCAAGGAGGACGUUGAGAUUGGCGGCAGGCUCAUCAAGGCCAACGAGGGCAUCAUCGCCUCCAAUCAGUCCGCCAACCGUGACGCCGACGUCUUUGAGAAGCCCGACGAGUUCAACAUGAACCGCAAGUGGGGUACUAACGACCCUCUUGGCUACGGCUUUGGCGACCACCGGUGUAUCGCUGAGCACCUCGCCAAGGCAGAGCUGUCAACUGUGUUCUCAACUCUCUACCGCGAGCUACCCGACCUUAAGGUGGCCGUUCCCGUUGAAAAGGUCAACUUCACUCCGCUGGGCGGAGAUGUCGGUGUCGUGGAGUUACCAGUGACCUUUUAGUAAUAUUACGGCCCAGUCUUGUUGCGGCCUGGUCCUCCGAAACAGCGAUGGGCUGAAAAUAUGACGGUCGGGUCUAAGCUAGGGGCAUGAGGUAGGUCCGAGGCCUAAGAUGUAUGAUCUAGUGGAUCAGGACGUCGUAGUGAGCAAUGUGGAUGUCACGUUUGAACUAUGCUAUUGUGACUCUGUUGCAGCAACUUGUGCUUACCUUGAAGGAGCUGAAGGCCUUGAACUUACCUACACCUCGGCAACCUUUGGCUCUUUACUACACAUUUUAAAUAGCAAUAGAAAACCACAAGCAAGGCGGAAGCAGUUUAAUUCACGCUAUGAUGCCAUUUCGAUUUUCUUCAGUCACGCCCGAGGGGUGGAGACUCGGGCAGCUAUGGCGGAGCGUUGGUUUGGUUUUGUCUUUUUUGGAAAUCCG